UCUUUCUUUCUUUUACCAGCCGGUAAUUAGAACGACUGUUAAUUGUGACCGGCGGAUUCUUGGGUGGAAACGCGCGUAGAUCGAGUUUGAGAAAACGCGCUUUUGUCGUUACACAGAUAAUCGGCGUUGAUACUUCAUUUUUAAUACGCGGAAAAGUGUCGACUGAUUGAGGUGUGCGUCGAGUGGAUCCUACAGGUGUGUUAAAUCGUAGUGAUUUGGAUUGGAUUGACACACACAUCGCGUCGUCGCGGGAUAUAUUCUAAGUGUCUGCAAUAGCUGGGUCGCCAUGUUCCUUGACCCCUAGAAGCGCACCCGAUCGAAGAUGGGGAAUAACAGCAGCUCCCAUCACCACCAUGCACAAAAUGGAGUGGCUCCUGAAAUGGGACCGGGAUGGACCCACUCCUUCCCACGGGAAAUGCAGCGACAACAUCUGCAAUCCUCGGGUCACAAGGUUCUCCCUGAACCCCCGAAUCAAAGGCUACGAGCAACGAACAAUGGAAACAUCAUCCACAACGGUGGGACCAUCAGCGGACGGAGGCCAGCCGCGCUGACGUUGCCACACGAUCUUAACAAGCAAGCUGCCUAUCGUACCAGAAGUGCGUCAGCAUCAAAUUUUGGGCAACCGAGAGCUCAAAAUGGUGAUCUUCAAUACCAGCACGGGGAUCCGAGAGACAGGGAAUUCCAGGAAUUCAAAAGGUUUGGAAGUGAACCCGACCUCAGAUACUCGCCCACUGAACAGGGGAGAUACGAGCGCCAUCAUGGGUAUCCGGAAAGAGAUUCUAAAGAACGAGACAGCAGAUACAACAAGGGUAAGAAGAAGUACAAAGCACCGCCUCCGCCGAAUGGAGACGGCUCAUCGCCGGACUCCUACAACUGGUCACCUGGUAAUGACAGAGAAUUGAUGAGGCCUGGAGAGGAAAUCCGACCACCGCCUAGGAAAUCGAGACUCUUUAAGACUCGCGCCGAGACGAAGAGGGCUCAGGCGAAUUGGAAUUCGCUUCAAGAACGGGAAGUUGAGAGCAAGAAGUGGAACGACGAGCAAUCCGGCAAGGAGAAUCUUGUUUGGAAGCAACAGCAAGAACGCUGGGACAAAGAAGAAAGAAGACCCAAAGUUUUCGAUGGAAAAAAUACACUCCAGCGGAGUUUGAGCAGCCCAGAGUUUCAGGCCGAGCUCAUGUUAGCCGCGAGAAAAGUUAGGAGUAAAAUGAAUUAUCAGAGGGAAGGUCCGGUGGGUGAAGCCAGGCCUACGAGUCACAGAGAAUAUUUAUCGAUAAAUCAAAAAGAAUUCAUUGAUGAGAGACGCAUCGAAGGGAAGAGCGCAAGACAACAGGAAGAACGGUUCGUCGACGAACGGAGAGCCGAGAAAAAGAAUUCGAGAAACCAGGAAGUUUCCUACGAUCAUAGAAGAACUGAACAGCACGAUAGAGGGUUUCAGAGGGGGCCUUUGAAUGAUCAUCAAAACGAACGAAAUUCAUGGCGAAAUAAAAUGUUGAAAAAAUCUGCGACUUACGACGAUGAGAUUGCUGCGUCACAACGUAUAAUUGCCGAGAAGAAGUUGUUCAUUGACAGAAUUGAGAAGCGUGGACAAUCUUUGGAUGACCGACUCUCUGAUAAACAGAAAAUCGAGAAUUUUGAAGAAAGGAGAGUUGAUCAGCAUCGGCACCAAGUAUUCGACGAUUUCGUAGAGAUGGAAAAACGAGGCGAAUCACAGACGAGAGCUGAGAGUCCUAUGAGACAGUAUAGGGACAAAAGUAACGAUCAUAGAAGUCAGGGUUCAGGCAGGGAAAGUACCCCAGAGCCAUCAAAAAGUAAGGAUCUCGCAAAUUUUGAUCUGCGUAACAACAUUAAAACGGAUUUCCGAAGCAGUGGUUAUAAAAACGGGGAGAAUAGACGUUCAGAGCCUAUUCCGAAAACAGACAAUCAGGAAUUAAAUUCGAAAGAAAAGCUGUCGAGGAAAUCGGGUGUCAGGAGUACACCAGUGAAAAAUUGGGAGAUAUUACCACCAGCUGGGAAAUCGCCUCCAAAGACAUUCUACUUUGGCAUGGAUAUCACUGCGACUUCAAAGGAAUCACGAGAUCUAAUGGAACGUCAGAUGGAACAGAUUCAAGCAAGGCUUAAUCACAACAGAGAACUUAGUAGCUCACCUGAAACCUCACCUGGUGAGAUGGAUGAUAAUUUUCAGGAUAAGAUACUACAUACCGGCGAGGACAUUGCUUUGAAGUUACGGCCUACACUGCCGAAGAAGCAAUUGGAAAUUCCUAGGUUUUCACCGUCCGCUGCUUGGAGAUUGCUAUCUGCAUUAGAUGCCCCAUAUCCCACUAUGAGUACAGCAAGUGAAGAAGGACCGGUGUUAUUCGAAGAACGCAUAGAACGUUUAUCGAGACCACCGCCACCUCUGGUAGCUCUUGGUCCACGAAGUUCGCACGACAAAUCUGGAGACUCCGGUAUUUCCGGUGAUGCUGGAGCUCUCAAUGACGACCCGUUGGAUAUAAUUCCAAACCGAGCAAAGGCUUCGAUUAGACCAGCAUGGACACCUCAACAAGAUCUGGGCGAGGAAUCUAGUAGCGAUGCAGGUGUUGAUUCUCCACCGCCUAUGGCUACACCAGUCAAGUUUCCUCCAAGACCUCAUGUUUUUUCUCUAUCCUUGCCCAGAGAUGACAACAGAAUGUCGUUGUACAAUCCUGAAUUCAAGAACAAAGAGUCGUCAUCUUUUAAUUCCUUGCAGAAAUUGAAAAGGUCUGUCUCUGGAGCUCUCGGAUUAGGAGCCAUAGAUGUUGACCGGAAACAAGAUAACGAUGUUUUAGAUGGGAAUUGGCUUUUAUCUACGAGUGCUCCAAAUUCUUUGCAACACACUCCACCAAACGUUGAAGGAACUAAUACACCCUCUCCAGGAUGGGAGACCAAUUUUGCGGAAAAUGAAGAUGACGAAAAGCCUGAAUUUCCGAUCAUCAUGAAACCACCAUCGUUUUCUUAUUUAGCCGCUGGUGGACACGUCAUGUAUCUACCUGAAUCCAAUGCUACCGAAUAUCAAACGCAGAGUCUCAAUUAUCGUAACAGUAGUGCUGAGGAAAAAAAUUCAAAUAACUCUAAUACAAAGUAUAAAAAGAGUACAAACGAAUCGAAAAAAGUAUUCAGAUAUCCCAGUGCAGACACUCAGAAAUAUUCCAAAGAAUCCAAGGAGUUUGGGCUUUUCAGGGAAAGACGAUUUACUGAUGGUGGGUUAACGUCAAGAAAGUAUUCAAACUUUUCAAAAUCAUGCGAGAACAUUUCGGAAAUGAAACAAAGAGAACGUUCACCGUCACCUGGACCGGAAAAUUUACAAGAUGUCAAGGAUAGUUUAUCUGAUCUAAAGUCGUCUGCAAAACGUAAUUCUAAAAGUAAACGGUUUACAUUCCAGUCAACAGUACGACAAAUUGAGAGACGCAGACUAGCAGAAAAGUUGUCUCGAGAAGCGGAAGCUAAGGAACAGCAAAGAAAAGGAGAGUUAGAAGCAAUGAGAAAAGUCGAAGAAGAGUUUCAGAAAAAACGUGCAAGAGAAAAGGCCAAUAUUAGGCAACAGCUUCGACUGUUCAACAUGGAUGAAAAUACCGGAAGCCUACCAGUUGUCUGGGACAAUACGCAGUUAUCUCGUGCGGACCCUGACGGUGCACCUUCAUCAUCAGCUUCAUCCCCUACCUCGGCGCCGCCUAGUAAACUAUCAGCGGCUAGAAAAAACAGUGCUAGUAGUGACGAAUACAAUCGAAAAGCUAAUCUUAGUUUACACCAUAUGCAUUCUGAACAUCGGCAACAUCAACAACAAAGAGAGUAUAAAGACUACAGGUCAAGGUAUUACGACUGUGGUCCUGAAAGCGCACCACACAUUGAAUUCAAGCAAACUACAAUUCAUCCAAAAGUCGUGUACGAUAUUCCCAAGAGCGCUCCUGUCUUCGUUGACGCAAAAAUUCAUCCAAACAAACCAUUAAAUCUCAGUUCUACUCCUAGGUCAGACAACUAUAGGAAAGAUUUUGCACACGGUGCCGUAGCAGCAAGAUCGUCGCUGGCAAGCAGCGAUAGCGAGUUAUCUCAGCCAAAUACCAGGCCACAUUCACGGCAAACGCCAACUAAAGUUAGGAUUCAUCGAUCUAGGUCGGCAAGCCCUGCCAGGAGCCAUGAGGAUGCCAGCUCGGAAGAGGAAUCCCCCGUCGAACCAAUCACACGUGAACGAGUGCCGUCAAAUAAUUUGAUGCUAAACGCGAUUCAACCAUUUGUCAGGGAAAAAAGUUAUCGACCGAUAUCUUACAACCCUCAGUCUUCUCCACCCAUUCCUAGUUAAUUUCUUCUGAAAAAUUGCGACUUUAAUCUGUUAAUAAUAAAUAGUAAAUGAUAAUAAUAUAUUAAAUAUAGUUUUAUCAAUAUUUUAUAUACAAAAUCAUGUAAUAUAUCAUUGUUUUCUGUUCUAUGAAUUAUAUAUGUACAUAUAAAAAUCCUUCCAAAGAGAAUUUUUCUGCAAACGCAAUGCCCUAAAGUAUAAAGAGCUAAGUAAGUUAAUUUAGAAAUUUGGGAUAUUUCAUACCAUAAACUGAAAUUUCUGCAAUUAAUUUCUAUUAUUACGUACAUACAUUGAGUAGUACACUUGUUGGUAUUGUUCAAUCGAAACUGAUUCAUUAAUUUUAAUGGUAUGCUCAUAAUUCACAAUAACAUCAUCUUAAAAAAUAUGUUAGGCAAGAAAAAAGAAAAAAAAAUGUGUCAUCGUGAAAUUCACAAGAAAA